CGAGAAGCACAUUCAAGAGCUGCGGGAAGAAGCAAUGGAAGAACUUCGAAUGGAAGAAGAAAAAAGAAAACAAAGAGACCGCGAACUGGGGCUGGACUCCGACGACGAAAUUAUAUUCUCGGAUGAAGAAGAAGAAGCAUCAGCAGCAGCAGCAGCAGCAGCAGAUGAGGAGGAGGAAGCAGCAGCAGAAGUGGAAGCAGAAGCCGCAGCAGCAGCAGCAGCAGCAGCAGAAGCAGUAGCAGCAGUGGCAGCAGCAGCAGCAGCAGCAGAGGCAGAAAGCGACAAGAGAGAAGCUGCUGCUCCCGGGCGAACGCCCUGCAGCAGCAGCACUAGCAGCAGCAGCAGCAGGGUUAGCAGCAGCAGCACUAGCAGCAGCAGCAGCAGCGUUAGCAGCAGCAGCACUAGCAGCAGCAGCAGCAGUAGCAGCACCAUUAGCAGCGCCAUGAGCAGCAGCAGCAGCAUUAGCCGCAACAUAUGCAUCACUAGCAACAGCAGCACUAGCAACGACAGAAUUAGCAGCAGCAGCAGCAGCAACAAUAGCAGCAGCAGCAACAAUAGCAGCAGCAGCAACACCCGCAGCAUCGGCAGCGGCAUCAUCAGCAGCAGCAGCAUCAGCAGCAGCAGCAUCAGCAGCAGCAUCAGCAGCGGCAUCAGCAGCAGCAGCAGCGGCAUCAGCAGCAGCAGCAGCGGCAUCAGCAGCAGCAGCAGCAGCAUUGGCAGCAGCAGCAGCAGCAUUGGCAGCAGCAGCAGCAGCAUUGGCAGCAGCAGCAGCAGCCAGACACGAGGAGCUUUUCCAUUAAAAGAUUCGCUGCAGCGGAAAAGGGGGAAAGAGCUGCUGCUGGGGGCGCAGCAGCAGCCAUUUGGGGUGUCUAGGGAGCAAAUUUCUUUUUUUUUGCACUAA